GUUGCUUCGAAGACCCUACAGCUCGAGGUGAUCGACCAGCGAAAGCGUCGAUUAGAAGAGGAGAACUCGACUUUGCGAAAACGUUUGGAGCGAGCCAAAAAGAGCGAGAAGUUAGGCAGUACAGAUGCUGUGUUGAUGGAAGAAAUAAGGGAACUUAAGGAUGUUCUCACAUGCCCGUCAUGUAAGGUCAAUCGAAAAGAUGCGAUCUUGACCAAAUGCUUCCAUGUCUUCUGCAUGAAGUGCUUAAAAACGAGGUAUGACACAAGGCAACGAAAGUGCCCGAAGUGUAACGCUGGCUUCGGAGCGAACGACUUUCAUAGGGUUUACAUUGGGUAA